GAAUUUACUUUCUCGGAUUUUAUUUUUCAACUGUCCUCAUCAAAAUGGGUUUCUCAUUGUUAUUUUCAUUUGCUAUUGUCAUUGGAAUUUAUAGUUAUAAUUUUUCUGAGGCUAGGGAGCCUGUAUGUUCGAAAUUUGCAUAUGAAGAACAGCUUUUAGAGAAAAUGAUAAGAACUGAAAUUAAGGUAGAAACUAUGGUGAAUGAUAUAAAGAAAACUGAGGAUAAUGUCAUCAGUACAUUAGGUGACAUUAAACGAGCAGUUUCAGAUUUUACGGACAUGUUUGCAGACAUGAAGGAGAACAUAACCGAUGAAAUGUUAAAGAGAGGUGACGAGAUAAAAAGGAGAGAAGAAUCCUUCAAGAAAUUAUUUGAGGAGACAAGAACAAACCUCACGAGUGACAUGGAAGCUAAAAGAGAAGAACUUACUCAACUUCAAGGAAAACUUGAACGACUUCCGAUAGCUUUCCAUGCACAUCACGUGGCAGAUUUACUUCUUGAUAAAACAGACGAGAUUAUUAUAUUUACGAAAAGUGUGAUUAACGAGGGAACAGGCUACGACACUUCUAGUGGUCUUUUUACACCACCUGUUGGAGGACUGUACCAGUUUUUUGUGCAUACAUGUGUUUAUAAAGGAUACCAUGCUUUUAUUGGCAUUGUGUUAGAAGGUCAAGUUAUUGCAGCUGAUAUGAACUAUGAUAAUGAUCACUUCACAUGUAGUGCUUUCGGAGCAAUAGCGAGAGUAAAAUCAGGAGAAAAAGUUUGGGUCAAAUCAACAUCUUCAAGUUCUGACCGCCGGCUACAUCAAAACUCAUUGAGGAUGAACACAUUUAGUGGAGUACUUGUCGAUAACUGAAGGAAUAAAUCAUUCAACUUUUCCAUUUAUAUCUGAUUUUGUUUUACAAAUAUUCAUGUAUUUAUUAUCGGAAUCAUACACCGUAACUUAGUAUUUCCUUAUAAGGAAGUAAUCGGAAGUUAUGUUUUUGGCGGCAAUAGUGCACGAGUUUCUUGUAAUUAGUAAAGCGGGCAUUCGAGGUUUAUUUGUCAAGCCGUUUAGAUGUGAAAUUUCCGAAAAUAUUGAAAUAUUUUCGAUCAUAUUAUACAGAAAGUUAUGUAAAUGUUUCUUACAAUUGUUUUCUUUUUCAGGAGUAUGUACAGCUCAGAGCAAAGUAAACGUGUGUCUUUAUACGUAAAAAAAAAUAAAAAAAAAUAAUGGACUUUCAAAAUCGAUGAGGCAUAUUCAUUUAAUUCCGUUUUGAUUCAUUGUGAAUUAUUAUUCCGUUUGCAUAUAAUUAUGUACAUGAAAUGAGUUUAUUUCAGUGACAAAUUAUCUGUGGUUUUUUGUCUAUUUAUAAUUUUCAAAAUUCGUUUCCUUUUUCCAUUAUGACAAAAAAUUUUAAACCUCUAAAUUUGGGUUUUACGUUAGGUAGGUUCGAAGGAGCCGCUGGUCUUGAGCCUGUAUUAAUCCUUCAACAAUACCUCCCCCUCCCACGUUGGAGUUAGGGUUGGGUAUCCCGCUCGCAGCAACCUGACUUUUCGAACAUUUCCAAAAACUUCUGUUUUUACAAAACUCUAUUAUUCAGUUUUAUUGGAAAGUUUAUAUUUCUUUACUUUUACACGAAGUAUUUGGCAUUUUUAACAGAUGAAUUUGCUUAGUCAUAUAGAAGCUUUUUUGGACUUUUGUCUUAACAAAAAUUGAUAUGUAGAUCCAGAAUUUUGUUUUUGUUGGUUGGGAAAAUAAACGGUUAGUGGAGACGGCUUACAAAUACUCCCUCCAGCCUCUUUAAACUCUGUGUUGUGUUAUUUAUUUUUUCAAAGGUGUUUUAUUAAAGAAUGUAAAUGAUUUAUGCUCGUUUGAGUGUAAAGAAUUA